UUAUAAGCCGGCUGAUGUCCCCUCUUCUCCAGUCAUAAGGAUUUUUACAUUCGCCAACGAGCACAGAAUACCAAGACAAGAGGAUCUCGCAACCUAGUCCACGAUAACAAACAAGAUGGGAUGCUCAAAGGUUGUGGUUGGCCGGAUGGUGAUGGUGGCGGUCGUCGUCAUGGUCGUCGUGUCCGUGGUCGUCCCCGUGGUCGACUGUAAGGGCGCCAAAGCCGGCAAGGCCGGGAAGGCCAACAAGGCCGGCAAGGGCGCUGCCGGUUCUUUCGGGACGCCGCCUCCUCCUAGCGAGGACUGCGUCGACGUCGAGGUGGCCGCCGGUGGCGGAGCCUCCCUCGUAGCCGACCCGAACGACUGCACCAAGUACUCCGUGUGCACGGGAAUGUUUAGCCUGAAGCUCACCUGCCCACCCGGACAGCACUUCAGCGUGGCUGACAACAGGUGCACGGCCCCUGAACAGGCUGCAUGCGACCCCGCUUUUACAGCUGCACCGGCUGCCGCUGCUGAGGCUGAAGCUACUGAAGCAGCCGGGAACGUCGACGCUGAGCCAGAAGCCGAGGUCGCUGAGGUAGCCCAAGCCGCCGAUGUCGCAGAAGUCGCCGAUGAUGCUGAAGCAGUCGCCCAGGAGGUCGCAGUCGAAGUCUAACUGUAGAUAGCUCUGCACUUCUCUCUGGCCCGGAAUCGGUCGCGGGAGUUGGCGCGCGUUAUCGCGUGACACCUGAUCAUUGACCGCUUCAGCGAAAAUAAUCGAGCAUAGGCCUUGGAGACUGGUCUGAUGCAUCUGGUUUGAACCCUCGAAGAAGCUUGCAGUCAUCAAAUAAAGACAA